UUCAUUGCUAAGUAUAGUGUUGGACGACAUGUUUGUAAUGGUCCAGUUACUUUAACUCCACUGUGUGUUGUCAAACAAUGGUGAUAAUUUAUCGGGGUUUAUGUAUCUGACCUUGUAAAUAGCGGUGAUGUGGAACGACAUAGAACUUUUGACCAACGAGGAUACAAAUGGUGUCCGUUUCGGCAGUGUAUCAUUGGAGGAAAAUGGCAGCAGCUUGUACCAAGUGGACACUCUGGUCAGGAUCUCCUCCUCAGCCGAAGUGCAGUCGGCCCCCCAGCUUUACUGUAUUAACGGCUCAAACUGGAGUAUUCUCGUCGCCGACAAGACGGUCGUCCUCUUCGACCAGAACUAUCAGACAAUCCUGCUGCUGCUUCACUUUGAAAGCGAUGUUGACGCCAUCGAUGUGUGCCUGGAAGGACAGUUUGUGCUGGUGUGCGAAAGAAAUGGAAACCUUCAUUUGAUCUUUGUUCCACACAAGAAAAUCCUCUUCACCAAAGCUUUGGUAGUGAAAGCCAGCAACGGGGGUAACAAAACGUAUCGUUCUCUCAUCAUAGAGGGCGACAAGGAUUCGCAAGGAUCGUACCAUGUGUUCCUCAUCACGGAGGAUGGCUUUUUCCACAUUACAAACCUUCAUUUGGCAAAGAUCAAAACAGCCAUUGAAAAUAUGGAUAUUGCCACUUUAAAAGACCUUCAAAGCGUCAUCAAGAUGGACUUCUGCUCCGCUGAGGAACACCACAACCAAGGCUGCAGCACAGCGGUCACGUUCAGUCUGAGCAAUGAACUCCAUUUGCUGAUCGGGGGGCACGGCGAUUAUGUCAUCACCCACUGGAUGAUGGACCCUCGUCAGUCCAAGAUGUGUCUCACUCAGUCAGUGGAUAACAGUUUCAUAGCAGGUGUAAAGAAGAUGGUGGUGAUGGAAAAUCGUGUGUACAUUCUGGACACAGAGGAAGUCCUGAGCCUUUGGGAGCCGGGAUUCCUGUCCAUGGUCUGCUUUUGGCCAAACGUUGCUAUUUUUGACUUUGAACUAACCCUCGAAUGUGGCUCCGCGGCGUUGGUGGGCCGUCAAGUGGAGGACAGCGUGAAGAUGAUUACGCUGGAGAAACAAGGAAAGAGUCAGCUCAAUUCGCUACGAAUCCGAAGUUUACCUUCGAUGACUGUUUGCUACUGCCUGGAUGUCUUCUCAGUUUCCUGCCUGGUCCACACCAAAAUAAGUAUGGACACCAUUUAUUUUGCAGAAGGGAUUGGUACGGCCUCAGAAAGUCAGGGAGAGUGUGUAUCAUCUGUCGUCGUGCGAUGCAUGACUGAGGCCAUACCUGAGAACAGGCUGAGUCGACUUCUGCACAAGCACAAAUUUGAAGAGGCGGAAAGGUUUGCCACGGCCUUUGAACUGGAUUUAGAACUUGUCUACAAAGUGAAGCUGGGCUUCGUGCUGGAGCAGCUGGCCUCGGCAUCGGUGGGCGUCUACGGGCAGGAAGUGUGGUCGGAGCUUGUGAAGGAGGCAGAGAUCAACCUGAUGAAGAUCGCCGAUGAGCAGUACGUGGUGGAAUAUUGCCUCACCGUUCCGUGGCCGGCCUUUGAGACCGCAGAGAAAAUGCUGAACUACGCUGCCACACAGUACUCGUCUUUGCAGGUCCAAGAGGCUUUAGCCAGACUGGGGACCUUCUGCAGCCUUUACGGGCAGGAACAAUUCAACGGCAUUGCCUGGAUUGAGUUCCUGAACAACACAGACAUGUUAGGAGACAUUUUGACCCACCUAAGACAGGGAGACUUGAGGGGUGCACAGCUCCUUUGGCUACGAAAUGAGGGCCAGAUUGCCGCUGAUUUCAGCGAGAGCAGCCUCCAGGCCGUCCUCGAUGCCAUUCCAGAGGUUCUGCCAUCCCAGGACCUGUGCCCUUGGUUUAGGACGGUGUUUCUUCCUUUUGUGGGAAGAGUUCUGCCAGCAGGACAGAGAAUCCUGGCCAGAUGGAUAGAGCAGCGGGCACGCAAUCUGGAGUUAACAGAAAAGAGCGCUUGGCCCCAGAACGGUUUGGACCUGGCCCAGCUCGGACUGCCGUCUUUAUGGUCACUGAUGAAAUCUGGUGCCAAUGGUGGCUCAGAGGAGGUGAAAAAACUCACGACUCUGGUGUCCAACCUGCGUCAGUUGCUUGACCUGCACAGGAAAUAUAACUGCAGACUUUCACUCUCAGAGUUUGAGAAGGGAAAUGUACGCCGGGUGGCUUUCCUAAUGCUUGACAAAGUGGCGGCGCCGGAGCUGAUCUCCGCCACCGUCAACAACAACAUCCUGCCUUAUGCUGAGGAGCAUCACAUUUCUUUGGAUGAGCUUCUCUUACAGUAUAUCAAGGAUCUGCUGUGUUGCAGCUCUCAAACCACAACCCUUUUCACAGGAUGGCAGGCCAAAGCAGUGGCUGUCCUGGGAUGCAUGACUGAUACCGAUCUGAUGGUGGAAGCGGUGCUGGAGAUCAUGCAGAAAGCUGUCUUACCCUGGAGUGAUGUGGUGGAAAAGCUGGUUCAGCAGUUCCUGGACAUGAACGGCCCAAAACAGGCCCUUCUAAAGGAGAGCUACUGUCUGAUGGAAAUCCGUAAACUCCUCGGGGGCUACGGCAUCCGCAACUACAGCCUCUCAAAUAAGGGUCAAGUCAUGACGUUAGUCAGGUACAUUCUCAAGCAAGACUCGCCAACGUUCCUCGACGACGUCCUGACUUUGGCGCAAGUGUACAAGCUUCCAAAGUCAGAGAUCCACUACUUGUAUCUCACACAGCUGAUACGCCGAGGCACGAGAGAAGAGUGUGUCAUGGCGCUGAGGAAGCUGCCGGCUGCAGAGGUGGAGUGUGUGAUGGAGCGUCUCACAUCCUGGGCUAUGCUGCAGCUGGAGGACAAAGACCACCUAUCUGAGGAGCACAAGAAACAGAAGAUGGUGACUGCUCAGGUGAUGGUGGAGGCACUGAAAUACCAGCUUGCAUUACAGAAAGAUGAUACUCUUAAAAGCAUCGAGUGCGAAAACAACCUGAGCACAUUCAAGGUCAUCGCCCACUUGCAGGAGGAUUUUGAUCUCUUCAUCACCCCCUCCGAAUAUGAAGAUGGCAACAUACGCAAACAAAUCCAGGAGCACCACAUCGCCGCCUACGAGGGAACAUGUGGGAAACGCUCAUCCGAGAGCAAGGUCGCGGCCGCGCCGGUGGUGGCCAACGAUCCCGACGGCAAGACCAAGACCAUCUCCACUGAGGCCGGCCUGCGUCGUCUGGGGAGGCAGCUGCAGCGCACCGAACAAGAGCUGUGGUCCGAUUUGGCCAUGCGCGCUCUGGGGGUGGGCAAGGUGCACAAAGCCCUGAAAAUCCUCAGGGAGCUGUAUGAGCACCACUACAACACCAGCACGGGGAAGGUGUUGUUCACGGCUGCCAAGACGUUAUGUCAGAUGCUGGAGGCGGACGUGCCCAUGGUGCUGCCCGAUGAAACGGACCUGCCAGCAGUCAUCCAUGAGCUGGCCUGCCAGGCCAUCACCGUGUGCCACCCGGACCUGCUGCUGGACUGCUUGGAGCUUUGCAAGUCUACACGGAUCGCCAUGGAUGUCUAUCAUCAGUGUCAGUUAUCAGACAACUACGGCUUUGUAGCCAAGGAUUUGGCGUCGGAUGCAGAGAAAGAUGUUUAUUCUCAGUGGAGCUUCCAAGAUGUUUUUAAUGAAGACUGCAUCGUUUUGGAUCCUGUGUCUGCAUUACCGGUCCAGUACGAAAUCACCAAUUGCUUGCUGCCUGUUUCUCAAGAUGCCAAAUUGUAUCCACUGGACUGCUCCUGCCUCUCACACUGCUCACUUGACGCCGGUUCAAAUUACCUGCAGCCCCUGUUUAGUCCUCUAAACAUCAUGAUGCAGAUGUUACAGGAGUGCAGUCAGCUGGAGCUGGCCCUCAGAGUGCUGGUCAGCUGCUACAGCAGCUGCCUGCAGCAUGUCACCUCCAACCUUAUGGACACAAAGAUUACAGUGCGGCUCUAUGACCCAAAAGAGCUGAGUAAAUACAACGUGUCCUUGAAUGACCUCCGUACGAGCACCAACUCGGCCCUGAAAAAUGUCGCCGUGGGCCUGCUGAACAAGGUGUUGAACUGGAGGAUGGUGGAUUGUGAUUUGGCCCUCGGGUUGUGUACGCUGCUGUCUAAGGAGGAGGUCAUGAAAAUUCUCUGGAAGGUUAUCGACAACACGUGGGAAAACUUUGAUAAAAUCUUGGCUGUGGCGAAGAUUGGAGCAAAUCUGUGCUGCUUGUAUGAACAAGCGGCAGCGGAAAAACAGAAGUUUCUGUCUGUCAUCACUGAGGCGGAAUGGGGCAUCAAGCUUGCCAAAUUAGAGAUAUUCAUCCAGCCCGAGUUUCGCCAGUGGUCUGACUUGAGCAUUGUGAUCCCCAUUCUGGUAAAGAACAAGAGGAUCACUCCAGAUAUCAUCCUCGAGUACUGCAGCACAUUCGGUCUGGACCGCGACGGCGUCCUCAACCAGUACAUUACCACCGUGCUGCUGCUGCAAGAGGAAGACGCAGAGGAGCUCCCGGGUCAGGGCGAGACAGACGCCCAAUCCUUGUGUCACGCGGACGCACUGGAGCGUGUCCUGAAGAUCAUCUCCAAGUUGCAUCAAACCAGCGAGCUCAUCAGCAAUCUGUCUGCUGCUAUUUUCAAGCUCAGUCCUUACAACUACGAGAGGAUCGAGGUGGUGGUCAAGAUCCUACAGGUUGUAGAUGAGAACGUUGCGGUCUUCUCGGUCAAUCAGGCAAUGGGCCUCCUCCAGCACUUAAAGUCCUACAAGCGAAUCUCUCCCCCAUCGGAUGUGGAACAGACAUACUUUCUGGAGAACAAUCUGCAGCCAAGCCCCCUGAACAAAGUCAGGCUGCCUUUCCACCUGCUCGUGCAGAACAAACACUACUGGAAGAUCAUCUCUCCGGAGCUCAACGAGGAGACCUUCCCAACUCUGCUUCUCAUCAGCAAACUGAUGAAGGUGAGCCUGGAUAAGCUGUACAUGCUUGCAGCCAAUCACAUGUUUGACACAAAAUUGAAGCCCGUGGUCCUCGAGAAAAGGAAGCGGGUUGGCGCUCAAGGUUUCAACAAGGAGACGUUUGAGGUGGCAAAGACGAUGAUGACGUACAUCCACAACAUCCAGAAUCCGGAGUGGGCGGCAGCCACCGCCCACAAGAUCACCCAGGAACUGCCUCCAGGCUAUGAGAAGGCACAGUCCCUGAAGUUCUGCAUGGCCCUUGGAGAUGCCUGGGUCAAGGAUCCAAACCUUGAUGAGGAAUCACGCACCCGAGGCGGGGCCUUUCUGUCCAAGCUGAAGCUGCAGCUCCAGCGGUCGGCAACAGAAAGCACGUUGAUGGCCAGUCAGCUCAACAGCCCCGAACUCCUCAAGCUCACAGCAGCUCCAGACAAACUCAUUACGGCUCUUUACGAGCACAGCAGUGUGGAUCAGCGCUUCAGGGACUCUGCAGGACCAACUUAUCCCGACAUACAUGCAGUGGUUAAGGAAGUAGCCUCCAUCAACAAAGUGGAUCUUCUGAAAGUCCGUAAUAUGAUGUUGGAAAAGUGGAUCUGCAGAACUGGUCCUGCUGUGGCAAAGGAUACCGGCCACUAUGACUGUGUCAGCAGCUUCAAGGAUGACCCAGACUUAAUGAGGGUGGUCUACAUGCUGCAGGCUUCCACCACAGCUGAUGCCGUUUGCCUCCUCAGCGCCAUCUUGUCUGCUGAAACCUGGCCUCUUAGCAGCUCCGGGCCGCGUCUGACAUUCUGCCAUAGAACCCGAGUGCUCCUUUGUUUCAUGCGACUCGCCGACGCCGCCACACUUGAGACACAGUUAAAGAUCAACAGGAGUGAACUGGACUACUACGUGAAGUGCUACAUCUUUGUUUCCCGGCUGGAGGCGUUGAACAUCCCCCACACGGUGCAGUCAUUCCGCAGCAGCCCCAAAGAGGGCUUGAUCAAAGGCCUGUGGAAGAACCACAGCCACGAGCCACAGGCCGUGCAUUUGGUGGCAGACCUGUGCUUGGAGUACAAGGUGUACGACACUCAGCUCUGGAACAGUCUUCUUCAGAAGAUGCUCGGCUUCAACUUGAUUAGUGAUCUCCAGAAUGUGCUGGAAGCAGUGGUUGCCGUGCCAGCUCUAUGGAAGAUUUCUAGUUUCUCCAGGACCUGGAAGAGUACGCUUCUAGCACCUUUUGUCUCAGCUUCUUUACCUUUGAGCUCGGAUCAACAAGCAAUACUCUACAGGACCUUUGUUCUCCUCCUCAAGUGUCCGUUCUUGUUGAAUAUGGAACUGAUCGGGAUGGCCAAAGGCUUUGCACAGUUCAACCUGCUAGCCUUUGCCCUGGGAACGCUCCUUCUCAUCCCCUCGGCCAGCAAGAAAGCUCAGCAGAUUCAAGGCUUUCUGUCGAUGCGUGACCCCGUCACUGUGCUGGAUCAGGAGGAGGAGCUUAUGAACACGGGGGAAUUAGCGGGUAUCCCCUCUCAGAUUCGGGACACCGUGCUGUCUUUCAUCAUCCAACAUGGCCAACACAGCAAGCUGGUGAAAAGCAAACACUUCUCACGUCUGAAGGAGUUCAUGGUGACCAACGGCCAACCGGAGCAGAUGGAGGACAUGGCCAACUACCUGGUCAACAUCAACUGUCAGGACGAGGCUCGCUGGCUGGCUCAGGAGUACACCAAACACAGAGAACAUCUCACAGGCAAGCACUGACCCCCCCAGCCCCCCACCUGGAGGACCAUGCAGACUGGAGUUUGUUAUUGUUCUUCUGGAUGAAAAGUAAUAUUUAUCAUACUCCCUCUUUCAUAUUCAAAUAAAUAUUUCUCCAUUGUUGAAUAUUGUCAGGUGACAUUCCUGUAUGAAAAGUACUAUUUUUAUUAUACUACUGGAAAUGCUCCAAUUAGCGCUUCUCAUUAACAUCCUGGUCUCCUUUAGUGGCUGGGUCUCUGAUUAACACCGGGUCAAAAAACAUUGGCACCUGUGGCUGUAGGCAACCUCCUGAUUUAAUUCCACAAUUGGUCGAACUGGUCAGCCAGUCCCACAGCUUUAUCUCUGCAUGCGCUUUAAAAUGUUGCGACUCAGCUGUGUGUUCACUUGCCAUACUCUUGUUGACCCUGAACUCAUCGCUAGUAAUGCUGGCUGAGUUCUGUGUUGCGCAAUAGACUUGUUCAUAAAUGACAAAGUCAGAGAGAGCUACGUUUUCCUUUCCACUUUAUCAUGCACUCCAAAUCAUUAUUAGAGGUACACAAGUAACAUACACAUACAGUCAUCCCUUGUUUAUUGCCUUAAUUGGUUCCAUAAGUGAAUUUUUUGAUCUUCUAAAUAUGUUUUUAACAUUAUUACAGCCCUUGGGACAUGAUUGUCACACUAGACACAAUCUAAUAGUCAUCAUGUGACAUAAAUAAGAUAACAUAGACUCGCACGUUAGCACUUCCUUGUUGAUUUUCAUCAAUGCGUUGUAAAGGCGGCUUUAAAUGGCUUUACGCUCGUUUUACCUAAUAUAGUAGACAUAAGAGUAAAUAGGCUAUUUAUUCCUAUUUAUAUAUUCCUAUUAUUUUAUAUAGGAGUAGGCUAUUUGAGACUAAAAUGUUGUGUGUUGCAAUAAAUGUGUUCCCUAGGGGACUUUAGUGGCAGGUGGACAGAUGUGUGAGGGGACAGGAAGUGGUUCAGAGUUGAGUUUUAGCUUGUCGUGGUUGAUGGACCCCAAGAGUAGUCUGUGUUAUUAUUAUUAUUAUUAUUAUUAGUAGUAGUAGUAGUAGUAUUAUUGUGCCUGUUGUGCAAUCAUUUUAACCUGCAAUAAAUGCCUGUUCCGGUGA